AUGCCAUAUCCGCCGCUCCAACAGAACAGAAAACAGAGUACGGAACGAUCGAGCUUUCGACCUUGGCAUAGCUGCUUUCUUCUCUGACGACUGCCUGCGCCUCGCAGGUAGGUGGACUGUUUUCACGCCUACACGCCGGCGGCAAACACCGCCUUCCAUGAGUAUAAAAGAUGGCUGAGAAUGGCAUUUGGUAGGUGUUUCAUCUCAUCCACUUAAGGUAAGACUUCCUUUUCUUGCCUAUUUAAACUAGUAGCAUCAUUUUUGGCAAAUAAGAUAGAAACACAUAUCCUCUUUACGUUUUCAACUUUUUUACUCAAAGCUCUUCUUUUCAGAUGUCUGACGUCAAGCAACUCGAGCAAGAAGCUAGCUCCCUCCGCCGUGUGGCCCUUGUUGGAGUCACCGUCUCCUUCACCGCCACCCUCGUGUGCGUAAUCGCCGCCCCGAUGCUCUACAACUACAUGCAGCACAUGCAGUCGGUGAUGCAGUCCGAGGUCGAUUUCUGCCGUUCCCGCUCCGGAAACAUCUGGAGAGAGGUGACCCGCACUCAGGUGCUCGCCAAGGUUUCCGGAGGAGCCGUCCGUUCCCGCCGUCAAGCUGGAUACGAGAGCGCCGGAGUUGAGGGAUCUUUCUCGACCGGACACCAGGGAGGAUGCUGCGGAUGCGGAGUCUCUGCUGCUGGACCACCAGGAGCCCCAGGAUCUGACGGAGAGGAUGGAGCCGAUGGACAGCCAGGAGCCCCAGGAAACGACGGACCAGACGGACCAGCCGCCACCCCUGCCCCACAACACGAGUUCUGUUUCGACUGCCCAGCAGGACCACCAGGACCAGCAGGACCAGCAGGACCAAAGGGACCAAAUGGAAACCCAGGAUCCGACGGACAGCCAGGAGCCCCAGGAAACAACGGAAACGCCGGAGGACCAGGAGCCCCAGGAAACGCUGGAGCCGACGGACACCCAGGAAACGCCGGAGCUUCCGGAGCCCCAGGAAAGGUCGUCGAGGUUCCAGGCCCAGCCGGAGCCCCAGGAGCCCCAGGACCAGACGGACCAGCUGGACCAGCCGGAGGACCAGGAGCCCCAGGACAGCCAGGAUCCGAUGGACCACAAGGACCAGCCGGAGACAAUGGAGCCGCCGGAGCCCCAGGACAGCCAGGAGCCAACGGAGACAAUGGAGCCGAUGGAGAGACCGGAGCCCCAGGAGGUUGCGACCACUGCCCACCACCAAGAACCGCCCCAGGAUAUUAAGCUCAUUCACUCUGUAUCUCCAAUGCUUUUGUGCAUUGCCUGUCUUUCUCAUUACCUCAAAGAAAUAAACUAUUAAAAAAAUCCUCGUGCAUUUUCUUCCAACCCUACCAAUACACAAGUUAUCUCCGGUCAGACAAUAAUGUAUCCGACUGUUUAUUUGGAUUCACACACACACACACAAAAAUCAAAAGUACAAAUGAAUUGUUUUCAAAGUUGGCAUAUGUUGUCACCGAGUCGCUUGUUUUCAGGAGAUUGCAUCUUCUCCGAUGUUUACAAAGAUAUUAAUCUGUUGAAAUAAUGCCAUCCGAUUUUCAAACAGCCCGUUGUAGAAAAAACGAGAUUUAGGGUCGUAAAAGAUUGAUAGGAUGCGACCUUACUCGCAAAUACUACCGAAAAUGCGGAAGUUAUUUGAAACCCGAAUUCAAAACGACCGCCACGAUUGCUUAUCUCGGCGAUGACAUUGAUGAAACAUCCAAACCGAGUAGUAGAAAACACAUCUUCGUCAAUGAUAAACCUGGCGUUCGAGUCGGUCAAGGAAGUAAGAGUACCAAUUGGGUCACAAACGAUUGUAAGUGAUUAUGAUGGCACCACCGGAAAGAUGAACACUGAACAAACUUAGCAGAAUCUGGAUUUGGUUACUAUACACAAACACCUUUUACCGGCUACUGCUGCAAGUUUCAUCAAAUACUACUAUUACAGUAUGCUUGGAUGGAUAAACUUGCUUCAUUACACUCAAUCACUUCUCACGGAUGUUUUCAGCCGUUUUCUGCCAUCUUUUCACAUGCUGCUAGGAUCGAAAAAACGUCUUCCGCUUCAUUCCACUUUCUACUUUCUUCCCUCCUGCUUUUUGCAGAUUUCGAAAGGCAGCGAAAGUGUCACGUUCGUAUCAGCGCUUCCUGAGAAAAAAGGAACAAGUAGUGAAAGGAUUACCGAAACUGUAAAGUUGCUUCUGAUCUAAGAAGCAGUACAAUCAAUCUUGUUUCCAUGAUCGACGGUUCUUGACUUGUUUCACCGAACGUCUUCACUUUUUUUUUGUUGAAAUCAUCCUAAUUACUUCCUGAACCUGUUUGGAGUUGAUUCAUGAACAACUCGACCGAAAAUUGCGUUCAUACUUGUCCCUCAGUUUUUUUGAGACCGUGAUCAGCAUCAGUCAUUUUCAAUUUACUUCCGCUUUUGUCCCUCAACAAACCUACCGGCUUGUCCCUCCACGGUGGGGUGUAAAGAAGACAUUAUUACAUCACCAGGUCCAAAACGCUUUUUAUCAUAAACUGACGACCUUUUGCGGACAUUUUUUCAUUGUCUUCUCAUUUGUUGCCGUCUCAUAGUUUCACCGUCUCUAUCCGCGAACGACUCCGCCUCUUCUAUUCUAUCAGUUUCGUACAGGGAGGUGGCAAACACCGCCUACCUUCAGUAUAAAAGACUGCGGCGGGUGGCAUUUUACAGGUGUCUCAUCACAUCCCAACCCAAGGUAAGCCUUCUAAUCUUUUUAUCAGGUCACAAACGAUCAAUUCCAUUUCCCCGUAUCAUCAGAUCGUUAGGGCUGUGUUAGCUAUGAGAUCACCAAUUAGAAUCUAAUUAGAACGAUUCACUGCGCCCAACCCAUCAUGACCGUAUAUUUUCAGAUGUCUGAUAUCAAGCAGCUCGAGUCUGAGGCUAGCUCCCUCCGCCGUGUGGCCCUUGUUGGAGUCGCCGUCUCCUUCACCGCCACCCUCGUGUGCGUGAUUGCCGCCCCGAUGCUCUACAACUACAUGCAGCACAUGCAGUCGGUUAUGCAGUCCGAGGUCGAUUUCUGCCGUUCCCGCUCUGGAAACAUCUGGAGAGAGGUGACCCGCACUCAGGUGCUCGCCAAGGUUUCCGGAGGAGCCGUCCGUUCCCGCCGUCAAGCUGGAUACGAGAGCGCCGGAGUCGAGGGAUCUUUCUCGACCGGACACCAGGGAGGAUGCUGCGGAUGCGGAGUCUCUGCUGCUGGACCACCAGGAGCCCCAGGAUCUGACGGAGAGGAUGGAGCCGAUGGACAGCCAGGAGCCCCAGGAAACGACGGACCAGACGGACCAGCCGCCACCCCCGCCCCACAACACGAGUUCUGCUUCGACUGCCCAGCAGGACCACCAGGACCAGCAGGACCAGCAGGACCAAAGGGACCAAGUGGAAACCCAGGAUCCGACGGACAACCAGGAGCCCCAGGAAACAACGGAAACGCCGGAGGACCAGGAGCCCCAGGAAACGCUGGAGCCGACGGACACCCAGGAAACGCCGGAGCUUCCGGAGCCCCAGGAAAGGUCGUCGAGGUUCCCGGCCCAGCCGGAGCCCCAGGAGCCCCAGGACCAGACGGACCAGCUGGACCAGCCGGAGGACCAGGAGCCCCAGGACAGCCAGGAUCCGAUGGACCACAAGGACCAGCCGGAGACAACGGAGCCGCCGGAGCCCCAGGACAGCCAGGAGCCAACGGAGACAAUGGAGCCGACGGAGAGAUCGGAGCCCCAGGAGGUUGCGACCACUGCCCACCACCAAGAACCGCCCCAGGAUAUUAA